AUGUCCAGCCUCAGGAUGCUGGUUGACACUGGUGCCAUGCAGUCGGUGUUCCCAUCAUCUUCAGAGGAUCUUAGCUGCACCCCCAACGACCCGACUACCCUCGUAGCUGCAAAUGGGAUGCCCAUCCGCACCUAUGGCACCAGGGCCCAGACCAUCACCUUCCUGGGCUGGAACUACACCUGGUCCUCUGUCCUUGCCGACGUACAUACCCCUCUCCUGGGGGCAGAUUUCCUCGCCCACCACGGCCUCUUGGUGGACGUGGCCCGCCAGCGCCUUCUUGAUAUCGAGACCUGCCUCUCCCGCCCACUCACCAGAGGACCAAGGGCAUCCACCAUCUGCUCCAUCCUUCGCCACCACAGAUACGCCUCCCUUCUCCAGGAGUUUCUGGACGUCUUCUGCCCCGAGCUUCGCCAGAUGGCUGGGGCAGUACCCAAGCAUGGUGUCUUCCGCCAUAUUGAGACCAAGACCCCCCCCGUCACACACCAAGUUCCGCCGCCUCCCGCCGAAGCUCCUCCAGGAAGUCAAGACCAUGUUCAAAGAAAUGGAGAAGAUGGAUAUCUGUAA